CCUACAAUACAAAAACUUGUGUCCUCAUACAACAGCUUAUGUGCGGAUCUUGGUGCUCUUAUCAGACAAUGCCGCGGUCCUUCAAAUGCUAUACCACCUAACCCUAUCUCUCCUACUGGUAUCUUUGAUCUUAAUAUUGAUGCUGAUAUUUGGCAGGAUAUCAGACUCAAUGAUGUUGUGCUGGAACCCCCUGAUUGGUUAGCUGAUGAGGUCACUCGUGCUGUGAUCAAACUGUUGCUUGAGAUUGACCGGUGCAAUGAAGUCGUGUGA